CAAGCAACUGCACACAGAACUGUAGGAUUUCUUAAUACAGUAUUCUCAGUAAGAAUAUUGCCCCAAGAUGACAGGAGGUCCAUUAAAACUGAUUUAAUUGUAUCAAUUCCAGUUUGUCUGAAAUAGACCCUAUCGUGAUAUUUCAUAUCACGUGUUUUGUUACCAUGGUCAUGUGUUUUGAUACCAUAAUCUCAUGCUGUGUGUAACAGGAAAAAGAGUGAGCAUUUGAAGAUUUCAUGCUUUUGGACCUGUUAGAGUCAGUCCAGAGAAGGGCAACAAAGAUGAUCAGAGGACUGGAGCAACUCUUCUAUGUAGAAAAUCUGGGAGAGCUGGGGCUGUUCAUCCUGGAGAAGAGAAGGAUCCGGGGAGACCUCAUCAUGGGCUUUUAAUACUUAAAGCGGUCUUACAAAAAGAUGUCUCAAUUUACAAGUGAAGAUGAAGCUCUGUUGCAGUCUAUGCUUCGACAGUUGCUGCAAAGUGUGAAGGAAAAAAUCACUGGAGCCCCAUCAGUGGAAUGUGCAGAAGAGAUUCUCUUGCAUUUGGAGGAAACUGAUGAAAACUUUCACAACUAUGAAUUUGUGAAAUACCUUAGACAAUAUAUAAACGAUACUCUGGGCUCUGUGAUUGAAGAAGAAACAGAAAAAUGUACUGCUGCUCAAAAUCAGGGUGAAGUAUCUGGCUAUGACACUUUCGUUCAACACGUUACAAAGAAGACUCGUGAAUCCAAAGAAUACAGAGAAAUGAUGCAUGCCUUGAAGAACAUCAUGAUGAUUGUGGUAGAGUCUUUAAUUAAUAAGUUUGAAGAAGAUCAAAUGCGUAAUAAGGAGAUGGAUAGUAAAACAAAGAAAGAAUGUCAGAGCGGCUAUUAUACAGACAACUGUUCUGACAGUGACUCUUCGUUCAACCAAAGUUAUACAUUCAUGAGUCAAGAACAAUUGCAACUGCUUGUAGAAAGACUUGACCCUAUUCAGCCUAAGGAAGUUCGCCAAGAAGCAUUGCAGACACUGUGCUUUGCCCCUCCUUCGAAUGUACUCAACUCUGCGGGUUGGCCAAAUCUGCGUAAGCAUCUAACGAUGUCUCUGUCAGAUCCUGAUGCAACAUUCAGUGAGAAAAUUCUUAGGUUUUAUGCAAGAACAUUUUCUUCAUCCCCAUUUAAUAUGACACGAGAAGUCUAUACAAGUUUAGCACAACACUUGGAAUUUUACUUUCUUUCUGAAGAAUAUUCACUUCGUAUUUCAGCAGGUCUGGAUGUAUCUAAUGCAAACAUAAAUCAUUUACUUAAAAAGGUCCGUCUUUUAAAUGAGUACCAAAAGGAAGCUCCUUCUUCCUGGAUUCGUUAUGCUGAAAAGUAUAUGGAAGAAAUAGUGGAGAGUACCUUGUCAUUGUUGUCAGUAAAACACGAUCCUAAUCAUCCUGACUCUCAAGACUUUUUGAGUCCAGUCUACUUUUUGGCUCUGCUAGAUAUCAAAGCUGUGUGGUUUAAAAAGUGGACGCAUGCGUAUUACAGCAGAACAGUGGUACUUAGGCUAUUGGAAAAGAAAUAUAAAUCUUUGAUUAACGCAGCUGUCCAGCAAUGUCUUGAUUAUUUUGAAUUUUGCAAGGCAGCAGUUAAUACAACUUCUAGAGUCAAUGACUUUUCCCAGCAGUAUUCUAGUGAUAAGCAGAAAUUCUCUUACACUGGACCAGAAUUACAGUAUGUCUACUUUGUUCAUUCGCUGUGCCUUUUAGGCAGAUUGUUGAUCUAUAAGCAAGGCCGAAGUCUCUUUCCAGUACAGCUGAAAAGUAAAAAAGAUUGUGUUACCCUAACCGAUCUCUUGGUGUUAUUUACUCAGCUUAUUUAUUGCUCUCCAAGUUAUUCAAAGACAACUUUGGCAGUGCAUACAGACAAUUAUUCUCCAGCAAGUCUUGUUAUGGAGAUCCUGCAAGUUUUUUGUGAUCAAGCGGGUUGUGCUGCUGAAUGUUUAUAUACAGAUGCAGUGAUAAAUGCCCUACUUCAUCCUGUUCAAAGUUUACUGAGUGGUACAGAGGUACAUAUAAAUUGCCUUGAAACCACUUUAAUUGAUGUAGCUGAUAUUUUGGCAAGGUUUGCUGCUGUAGAAGAAGGUCUUUCUAUUCUUCUUUAUGGAGGAAAUAAAAACUCUGCUAAAGAAGAUAGUCCUACAGCUGUUCAUGUAAUUGUUCAGUUUACAAAGAAACUUCUUCAUGACGACAUUUCUCUUUUAUCUGGAUCCGAGCUUUUGCCAGUUGUUAAAGGAGCUUUCAUUUUUGUAUGUCGUCAGAUGUACAGAACAUGUGAAGGCCUGCAGAUGCUAAUUCCUUAUGGCUUGCAUGAAUCUAUUGGAGAGGCCUGGAAAAAGAUAAGCUUGCUUUCAGAAAGAGUACCCACUCCUGUAACUGGUGCAGACUCUACUUCAUCAAUAAGUCUAGAGUCAAAAAAUGUUUUAUUAUGGGAAGAAACCUUGCUAGAUGCCUUGUUAAAUUUUUCUGCCACACCGAAAGGACUUUUUCUGCUUCAUAGUACAGGGGCCAUGAAUGACUGUGUGAGCUUUAUGUUCAACAGUUUAUCAAAAAAACUCCAGACAAACAAAUGUGAAGAGUUUGGUAAUGGAGUGAUUAUUGCACAACUGGCAACAACACCAACAGGUGCAGUAGCUCUACAGAGUUCAGGGUUUAUAAAGGCCCUUGUAACUGAAUUAUGGACUCUUUUGGAGUGUGGAAAAGAUGAUGUGAGGAUAACUCAACCCAAAUCUACUCCAGUUGACCCUAUUGACCAAAGCUGUCAGAAGUCUUUUCUGUCUCUGAUAAACUUGCUCACUUAUCCUGCAGUUCUUGAGCUCCUGAGUAAACAGGAUAUACCAAAUAAACCAAUGUAUUCACUCCGUGAAGUACCUACAGAUAUUAUUGAUAUCAUUGACAGGCUUAUUAUUUUGAAUUCAGAAGCUAAAAUUCAUUCCUUAUUCAGUUAUGAACAAUCACAUAUCUUUGGUUUGAGGUUGUUAAAUGUGCUUUGCUGUGAGCUUAAUACCCUUUUGUUCUUGGAAACUCGCUAUAAAGUAUCACAAGUUUUACUAACUGCUCAGGAAGAAAAUGUCACAGAAACUUCUGAAGGACCAGGAGAUAUUAUAAUUGAUGGCCUAUCAGUUGAGAGAAACCAUGUUCUUGUUAGAGUAUAUCUUAUUGGAGGACCACAGGAAAGGAUUUUGCCUCAGAGAGUACUAGAUAAGGGCAGUGAUCCAUAUCCUUGGCCAAUGUUUUCAUCGUUCCCUUUGCCAAAGUGCUAUCUUGCAGAAAUUCCUAGGAAAACUGAAUUCAGACAAGAUAAAGACCUUGACAAGCUGUUAUCACUCCUAAAAAAUCCAGAUAAACAAAGUGGGUGGGCAGAUAUUUGUAGAAGACAGUUCUGCAAAGUCAUGAAAGCCAGACCGGAUAUCAUCAGUGGAACAAUUUUGGCAGAAUUAAUUGAAAAGUUCGUGUCACGUCUUUCUGAAAGCCGAUCGGAUUGUUAUUUCAGCAUGGAAAGCUAUAAAGCCAUGGAUGCAGAUGUGAAGAAGGAACGCCUUUCAUCUGUGCAGCUGCUUGGUGUUGAAAUGACAGUCAGAUAUGGAAAAUACCUGAAUUUGCUAAAAGAACAUGCUGAAAAUGAUCUGUGCUUCGUCUUAAUGAAUUGUGAGCAAUUUCUGAAACAACAGCAGACAACUGUGGUAUCCUCACUUCACUGCUUGCAGGAACGCUAUGCUGGCUAUGACUGGUUUGCAUCUUCUGUGUUCCUCAUUAUGUCAGGGGACAGGGAGAAGACUCUAAUGUUUCUUCAGCAAUUUUCUCAUCUUCUUGUUUCAGCAUUUCUCUGGCUACCAAGACUGCAUGUAUCUGUGCACCUGCCUAUUACCACAGUGGAAUCUGGCAUCCAUCCAGUCUAUUUCUGCAGUGCACACUAUGUUGAGAUGUUGAUGAAAGCUGAGUUACCACUUGUCUCCUCUGCCUUUCAUAUGGCUGGUUUUGCUCCGUCCCAGAUUUGUCUGCAAUGGAUAACUCAGUGUUUCUGGAAUUACAUGGACUGGAGUGAGAUCUCUCACUACAUUGCUACAUGUAUUUUCCUUGGUCCUGAUUAUCAAGUAUAUAUGUGCAUUUCUGUGUUCAGACAUCUAGAGAAAGACAUCCUGAAGCACACUGAAGCCCAAGAUCUUCAGGUUUUUCUGAAAGAAGAAGCACUCCAUGGAUUUCGAGUGAGUGAUUAUCUAGAAUACAUGCAAAGCCUGGAGCUGAUCUACAGACCAGUGCUACUGAAAGACAUGAAGAACAUCAGAGUACAGAAUACAUAGAUCAAGCGAGAUAGAUUUUUUGCAGUUUUGGUUACAUUCUUUAAAAGAAUACUGAUUAUUUGAUAUAUCUGCACUAAUACAAGUCAGGCUGUGUAAAUGUAUAUACUGUAACAUAAAUAAGGAGGGUUUUCAGAAUAUAGUUUUUGCAAAAGGACUUCAUUUAAAUUGGAUGACUUACAGUAAUCAUAUUUUCCCAGACAGGCUAUACGCAUAGCCUCAUUUUUAUUUGAGAGAAAGCUUCAGAAAUCACCUGUAGAUUGUUGGAAGCGUCUUCCUUAAAAUGCCUAGAACCUGGUUCCAAAUCAAUUCAUUAUUGUCAUAUCCUUGUAGCACAGUCCUAAAAACUUCAUAUAUUGUAAGGGUCUGACAAAGUGAUUUUUCUUAGAAGCAACUGUUAGUAUGUAUUCAUAUGCAUGAGAACUGAACAAAUGAAAAAUAAAUUCUCUGUACACAGCCGUUCUGAAUUUGUGGAUAAGGUUGAGAAAAGAGUGAUCAAAUGCAUGCAAUGAAACAAGACCGAUAUUCCUUUUUUUAAAAAUAAAUAAAUAAAUAAAUCAUUUUGUGUCUUAAAACA